UAAGCGACGAUUCUUAUUAAUACGGCAACCACUUGCGUUUGAUCACCAUCCUCAGACAGUAAUAUGUAGUUUUAUACUCAAAAUGAAUUUGUUAGUGUUAGUCGUGGUGAUAUCCAGCGUCGCUGUAAGUGAGAGCAAAGUCUUUACAAGAUGUAGAUUGGCCACUGAAUUGAUUAAGACAAAGAAGAUAGAGAAAACGUUUUUGGGAAAUUGGGUGUGUCUGAUAGAGAAAGUGAGCAACAGAGAUACAAAAGCUUUGACAGUGUUAUCAAAUGGCAAGAAAGCUUACGGAUUAUUUCAGAUACCUAGUAGAUGGUGCAGAGAAGGCAAAAAAGGUGGAGAGUGCAACAUAGCAUGUGAAAUGCUUCUUGACGAUGACAUAAGGGAUGACACGGAAUGCGCCGUCACAAUCUUCCACCGAGAGGGGUUCAAAUACUGGACUCAGUGGACUAAUCGCUGCAAGAAUGACAACCACAUCACUAAUGAAAUUUACAAAUGUCCAGACCUGGUAUCGCGGAGAUCAUUGUCUAUAAGUCCAGAUCGAACUCUCAUGCCGCAGGCCGAGGCGUUGAGGGUCAAGCGGAGACUCUCCAGAAGAGGCAUGGAACGUUCCAGACUGUACAGUUAUUAUGGCUUACCUUGGUUGGCGUAGAAUUUGUUACUGAUUUCAAUAAAGUUUUACUUUAAA